AUAGAUAAUGUUAUGUCGUUGCUAUCAGUAAGAAGCGUAAGAUAGAAAUGAUUGUACAUUAAAUGGUAUGUGAUGACUAUAAUGUGUGCACACUUCAUUAAUACAAUAAUUAACAUACACGUAAUGCACGUAGCCAAGCUAUUUAUAGGUAACACCAGCUAACAUUGAAAAGAUAUGAAAUGAGCCAAAUAUUUUUUUGGCAAGCCGUUGUUUUAAGACAAAUCUCGAACGUCUCCGUUUUCAACAAAAUUUUCGUUUAUGUUAGAGACUACAGUAAGGAAACCGUGGAGCAUAUAAUAUUAUUUACCGGUAUCUAUAUGUUGCUAUGCAUUAUUCUUUAUAUGGGAAUGGUUAGGUGUCAAAAGCCUCAAUUUAAUAGUGCGGUGACAUGGGCAAGAAGAGUUUUGAUUGUUACAGCUCACCCAGACGAUGAGUGUAUGUUUUUUGGUCCUACCAUUUUAAAUCUACUUAAAGAUGGCAAUUGUACAGUUUACAUUCUUUGUCUCACUACAGGUUGCAAUUACGGUAUGGGAAGAAUAAGGAAAACAGAAUUGUACAGAGCCUGUAGAACAUUAGGAAUAAACUCUGACAAUAUAACAGUUAAGAGCCACUCAUUACUACCUGACUAUUUAACUGCAAGGUGGCCUAUCGAAAUUGUUGAAAAACUAGUUUUACAGGAAGUGGAAACAUAUGAUAUUGAUACAAUAAUAACAUUUGAUAAAUAUGGAGUCAGCAGUCAUCCAAAUCAUUGCACCAUUUUUUAUGGGAUCGCCAACUUAUGUUUAGAAGAAGUCCUACCCAAAGAUUGUGCAAUUUAUGUGUUGGAAACUGUAAAUAUAUUAAGAAAGUAUAUCCUAAUUUUUGAUAUACCUCUGUCACUCUUGUUUUCUAGGACAAGGUAUUUUGUCAACUCUUCUGAGCGAUCGAUAAUUCACAGAGCCAUGAAACAGCAUAAGUCGCAGUUGAUUUGGUUUAGGUGGUUAUAUAUUUAUUUUUCCAGAUAUAUGUUGAUAAACACAUUGCACAAGUUAGAUUUGAUGGAUAUCCAGUUUGAGUUGGAUUUGGAAAUUUAAAAUUAAAUAAAAUAUAUGCUACCUCGAUGUAUUACAUAAUUAAACGUGUAACGUAUAAAAAUUUUGACAAUCACUUCUCAUUAAAGAUCGAUUGUCUUUAGAGAA